GUUUUCCUUUAUUUAGAUCUGUAAUAUAUGUUUCUGAUGAUUUUUGUUAAUUUGAAGCUUUUAAUUCGAUCUUUAUAGAUCGGAGCCUGGAUUUACGAUUAAUUAUAUUAAAUCUUGCUUAAAUCUGGUUCUGUAAGUAUUGAAAUUGAGUUUUGGAUCGAUUUACUCGUUAGUUUUUUUUUUUACAAAGGACUUUUUGCCAAAUAACUUCUUGUAGCAAUUGCUGAAAGCCUGGAAUUUGUUGUUUUGAUUUGUUUUUUUAAAUAGCUGUAGAUUUAAUUGCUAAAAUCUUGAUUUUUUUUAUGAAUAAUUGAUUUCGAUAAUAAUCUGUUCAAAUUUGUUAACUCUCCUUUUAUGUAUUUGAAAAAUAUGCUAUUGUUUUAUUCUAAUUUAGCUUUACUUCAUUGUUUGGAUAUUAUUGUGGUUUCCAUCAUUAUGUUUUGGAUCGCUAUACUGCAUGAUGGGGUAGAAUGUUUCUUGUGAUUUGUGAGUUUGGUCAUGUUAUGAGAUUCUGAUGUGGCUUGAGGGAAUGGAUGGGGUUACGGUAUAGGGGUUGGCAGAAUUUGACUUAAUUUUGAGUGGUACAUGAAUGGAUGGCUCUGUGUAGGCUCAGGUAGGAAUGUAUUGUGGACAAGAGGUUGGGAAUAUGACAAGCUUUACUCCUUUGAUGGCACCCUCACUCUACACUAGUUCUCUAUUCGAUAAGGAAGUAGCUCGAAAUGGUUCACCCCCAUGGAGAGAAGAUGACAAGGAUGGGCAUUACAUGUUUUCAGUUGGCGAAAAUUUAACAGCUCGCUAUAAAAUCCAAAGCAAAAUGGGAGAAGGUACAUUUGGUCAGGUUUUGGAGUGCUGGGACAGAGAAAAAAAGGAAAUGGUUGCCAUAAAAAUAGUCCGCGGGAUCAAGAAAUAUCGUGAAGCAGCUAUGAUUGAAAUUGAGAUGCUGCAACAACUUGGUAAACACGAUAAAGGUGGCAGCCGUUGUGUGCAAUUACGGAACUGGUUUGACUAUCGUAACCAUAUCUGUAUUGUGUUUGAGAAGCUUGGACCAAGCUUAUACGAUUUUCUCAAGAAAAACAAUUACCGCUCAUUUCCCAUUGAUCUCGUCCGUGAGAUUGGCAGACAACUGUUGGAAUGUGUAGCAUUCAUGCAUGAUCUCUCUCUUAUUCAUACCGACUUGAAGCCAGAGAACAUACUUCUUGUUUCUCCUGAUUACAUUAGAGUCCCUGACUAUAAUAAGAGCUCAUCUCGAUCACCCAAAGAUAGCUCUUACUAUAAAAGAGUACCAAAGUCAAGUGCUAUUAAGGUUAUUGAUUUUGGUAGCACAACUUAUGAGCGUCAAGAUCAGAACUAUAUUGUGUCAACCCGUCAUUACCGUGCACCUGAGGUUAUUCUUGGAAUGGGCUGGAGCUACCCUUGCGAUGUAUGGAGCAUUGGUUGUAUCUUAGUGGAGUUGUGCACGGGUGAGGCUUUGUUCCAGACACAUGAAAACUUGGAGCACCUUGCCAUGAUGGAGCGGGUACUUGGUCCCCUUCCCCAGCAUAUGUUGAAGAGAGCAGACCGACAUGCUGAGAAGUAUGUCAGGAGAGGUCGAUUGGAUUGGCCUGAAGGUGCUGCGUCGAGGGAGAGUAUAAAGGCUGUUCAAAAACUUGCUCGUCUUCAGAAUCUUAUAAUGCAGCACGUAGACCAUUCAGCUGGUGACCUUAUCCACCUCUUGCAGGGGCUACUGAAGUAUGACCCCUCAGAUAGACUUACAGCUCGUGAAGCUCUUAGGCAUUCAUUUUUCACACGGGACAAUCUGAGGAGAUGAUUAUUGCUUACAUACCGAGCGAAUGUUAGCCGAGGUGUAGGAUUGUUUCCAUUGUGUAGAUAUCUGAAUGUAGAUUUGGUUGACACCCGCUAUCAUGGUUGGAUAUCAAGUCAAUGUUGAAUGCCCUGAAGUCUGCUGACGCAAUUGUGUAUUGUACAGUACUGAUUUUGUGAAAUGAGAUAAAUGAAUGUUUUUUUUCCUU